GGAACCUUAAAGACUUAAAAUACUUAUCCAUUCUAAACUUUUUUUUUUUUUUAGAAACAGUCUCCUUUUCUGAAUUCUUUGUUUUAUAAAGCUUUUCAUUUUGUUUUAUUUAAUUUAUUUGUCUUCACAUUUGAAUCUUCAAUUCAGGUUAGAAGACUUAGGCAGAAACAGCGUUAUACAUUUUAAACCAUUACUAAAAUAAAUAAUCAGGUAAAUAUUUAUAACUUUAUUCAAAAAAAGAAAAAAGAAGAAAAAGAAUCGUACUUCCGGCACUGUUACGUUUUUUCACACUCUCUACCCGCGUGCAGCCUGCUUAGCAUCUCUUUCCGGCACAUCACAUUCAUUCAGUCUAUUACAAGCGCUGUCCGACCGCUUCACUACAGAAUUUUCUAGACGUUUGUCAGGUCGUUUAUAAUUAUGAAGGGAGCGAAACUGGCCGUUGUUUUAAGCGUGUUUUUGGCCUCCGUCCUGCUGACUGAGGCAGCGCGAAGCAGGAAAGACUCCAGCAGCCAGAACAGCUUGAGGAGGGCGGCCAGCGUUAUCUGUCAAAUCCUCGGCAGUGUCUUCGGAGAGGAGAACAUCCGAGCGCUAUACAAGUUCUUCUCAAAAACUACAGAGAGGUUUGUUUAUGGAGUCGAUUCAUUAUUGGACACCUUGUGGAAACUGUGGGUGGAUCUGCUUGAUGUUAUGGGCAUUGACUCCUCUAACCUGACGCACUACUUCAGCCCAUCGUCCGUGUCCAGCUCUCCUGCUCGUGCUCUCCUCCUGGUGGCAGCCUUGCUGGUGGCUUACUGGUUCUUGUCCUUGUUCCUGAGUGGUUUCUUUUACAUCCUCCAUGCGGUGUUCGGCCGUUUCUUCUGGCUGGCCCGCAUGGCCCUUUUCGCCUUCUCGUGCCUGUACAUUCUGCAGAAAUUCGAGGGUGACCCUGAGAAAGCGGUGCUGCCGCUGUGCUUCAUCAUGGCCGUGUACUUCAUGACGGGACCAGUGGGAGCAUACUGGAGGAAAGGGAGUGGAUCUGGAACUCUGGAGGAGAAGAUCGACCACCUUGAUAAACAGAUUCACCUUAUAAACAUCCGCUUAACCAGAGUGAUUGAAAACCUAGAGCACUCAAGUGACCAAUGAAAUGAUUUUCGCCCCAGGCUGAGGGUGAGAGCUGGGGUUUGUGGGAUGGGAUGAGAAGGAAAAUUAUUUUGUUCUGGCCCUUUUUUUCUCAGGAUGUCCCAACAUUUUAGUCAGGCAAUAAUUGUAUGGAAAUUUGAUAAAUUCCCUAGUUUAUACGCUGAAAAAAGUCUAUUAGAUUCACCCUGUUGUCGUAGAAUUAUCACUGUCCAUUUCUACUGUAGCCACACAUUUUUGAGUAAAUAUGGACUUUUUUGAGUACUGUGGGUCUCUGUGUCUACAAGCCUUGAGUUGAGUGUGUUAGUCCGUCAUUCAGUGUUAGACCUUUUCCAUAAGCUGUGUUAGGACACUUUCUAUAAACUUGUGUGUUAUUUAUAAGUCAAAUGCAAUACAAUUGAGAGUUGAUUCAGAAACACUCAAAAGUGUGAAGAAAAGUCAGUAUCACUGCAUUUUUCAUCUCUCCCAUGUGUCUUCUUGAGGUCACCCGAGGUACAGGACCGAUCAGCGAUAGAGUUGUAUGUGGAAAUGGCUUUCAGAAAGCAGCUAGUCAUCUGAAGCGUGCAGAUAUGUGACCAGUGUUCCUGGCAGCAAAAUAACAGUGCUGCAAUGUACACCAGUAUCUCUGUCCAGAAAAACCUGGUCAUGCACUUUGCUCUCAGCAUGAGAUCGUUGUAUUAAUUGUAUGUACCAUUUUAAUACACCUAUCGAAAGGGAUUCAUUAAAUAGCUUGUAGUACCACUGCUUAUUAGUGCUGCUUAAUAAGAUCAAGUAAAAAAAGUUAAGAAAGUGGCCAAUGGAUUCAUCCACAGUGGCAUUUUGUCUAUUAGAAAUGCCUGCUAACUAAUCUAACAUGUGUCCCAUCUUCUCUGCUUGUUCUCAUUGACUCUUAGUACUUUUCUCUUUUUUGCAACUUAAACGUUAAUUUCACUUUGUGGUUUUUAAUUUAUCAUGUUUUUGCAACCUGUGUAGCCAAAUCCAUUUUCAGAUAUAUUUCAAACAUUUUCCCCUGCUGCAUAGAUUUUAAAAAGUACAUUAAUUUAGGUUUUUACAUUUUGAGAGAAAUAUUAUGAAUGGGAUGAGAAUUUAUUUUAAGCAUGUUUUAUUUUUGAAGUUUUGUGGAAUUUAGUCCCUGUGUCAGUGUUGAUGCAAUUAUAUACUUUUUUUUUUUUUUUUUGACCUUGAUGAAGUUCACUUUUAGCAGAUCCCUGUUCAAAAUUUACAGUUGCUCUAUUCCAGCCAAAAUAAUGACGACUCAUCCCGCACUUCACUGAUUUUAGUUCGUCAUCCUUCCACCAAUCACCACCAAUCACGGUUCAAAUCUGUGACGUACUGUAGCUCAAGCCUACUGGAAAGCAGUGUCAAGCACUAAUAUCAAGAAGGUCCUUUUUAACUGUAUUAUCGUGUGAAGGAAAUCAUACAAUAUAAGCACCAGCCUUGAGGAAUCUCCAAAUAGCAAACUCUUGUAUACUUGCAAUGUACCAGCAUCUAAUAAUUACACAUAUAGCCUACAGUACAUGUCUCAGCAGACACUCCUCUUUUUAAAAAGGUCUUAUCUACUUGCAUAUCUGUAAUGAAUGAGAACCCACAGUAAUAUACUGUGGAAAAUGCUCUGUAUCUUAUGAGUUUUAUCAUUAGCUGUGGUUUCGAGUGUACACCAUGCGUGCUUGUAGAAAUAUGUAUGACAGAUAUUUUCCUACCUGCACCUUUUAGUAGUUAAUGUCCUUCUUGUAAGUUAUAGCACCAUGUCAACUCCGUAAUUUAUUUGUGGAAUACUAUGUAUUUUAUUAAUAUAUCUCUCAUAGAAUCCAGUUGACUGCACCUGUGCCAACUAUUAUGUGUUGAGGACUCCGAGUCAUUUACUGAUUUGUAUUAGAAUACACUGAAUCUCUGUCUGGUAAUUAUUUUUUUUUUGCAUAGUAAAUCAGGUUUGCAUUUGUACAGUAUCAUUUUCAUCAGAUUUGUUUACCUGCACUGUUGCCUGCUCUGAUAUUAUUUGCACUGUCUUUAACAUAUUUUUGUCUCUAUGAAAAUAUUAUUCAGUGAUUUUCUCUUAAGAUGAAACUGUGGUUCAAAAAUGAUUGAAUAAAUGUAAUAUGCAAUUUGA